AUGCGUGGGACUUUCGUUCUUUCUCUGCUUUCAGCGCUGGGCGCUUCAGCUUCGCUCCUCACGUCCAACCUCAAGUCUAAUGUCGAUGUGCUGGCACUCGAUUAUUCCUUCAACCCCGUCAAGGCAUCCUACUGGACCGGGUACCCCCAUCACCGCCGUACCCCAUUCUCCGUCUCGCCAGACGGAAAAUCCGCAUACAUCGCCUACCUCGAUUCCAGUGCUACCGAUGUCCACGUUCAACAAUUAGACCCUGAGACCUUUGCAGCCACCGGCACCACCGUCACUGUCAGCGGCGGAAAGGAAGCCGGCGGUCUCGUCGCCCAUAACGAUGGCUUCGCCCUCCUAACCAACGAGGCCAUGCCCUCAGGAACAACCAACGCCCCACCAAGCGACACCCCAGUCCCCGUCCUGUACCGCUACACCAGCGGCAAGCAAACCUUCAAGACCUGGCUGGGUGGACCAGACGUCCACGCUGCGGACGGUCUUUCCGCCUCACCAGACAUGAACGGCGACCUCGUCUACUCAGAAGAAGCAGGCCUCUACGGCGCCUACUUCGUAGUAACCGACUACUCCGGCGAUGCCUCCGGCCACUUCGGCGACAGCAUCGAAUACGUCUCCACCAACGGAACCCUAGUGACGAUCGCGGGAGCAUCCAGCUCGUGGGGAUGCAGCCACAAUACCGGCAUCGCCUUUGAAGCCGCCGACGCGGCCCCCUUCGCCAGUAUCUGUGCCGAGGACCAGGGUGCCAUCUGGCUCAAUACCAAGACUCAGGGUAUGAUGAACGACGGAGUCAAGAUUUCCAACGAGAACACCACCAACGGCGCCGGUGGUGAGGCUAUGGGUGGCAUGUCUGGUAGUUACAGUGCUCUUGCGCGCUUCGCCGAGACGACCAACUAUAUCUUCGCGUGGGUUUCGCGCGGUGCUAUGGAUGUGACGGAGAACGCGUGGAUGGGCACUGGAUAUACGAAUGUGCAGAACCGCACUAAUGGGCGCAAUGUUGCGAUCUCGUUGUUCUCUGAUAAGUAUACCAAGGUUGGUGCGCAGGCGACUUCUGUUGUCGGCACUGAGGAUGGUGAUAGCCAGGUUAACUGGGUGACGAGUGGAUCGAAUGAUUGCUCGAAUGCUCAUGCUGCUACCUUUGGUAGUGCCAAUGCUGUUGUUUCCUGGGAGGAGAUUUCUAACCCGACCUGUGAUUUCAUUGCUAUGGGUUGUCGAGGUACUUUUGCUGGUACUUUCUUCCAGCAGGUUGAUUCCACCGGUGCGAAGGUUGGUGAGGCUAUUUCUAGUGAGGAUGUUUACGUUGCUGGUGAUAUGGUUACGAUGUCUGAUGGCCGUGUAUGCUGGCCUUAUGUUAGUAUGACUUGGGAUUUGUCGCAGGCUGUUGAUGAUUCUGCUUCUGGGUCCACCACCAAGAAGAUGAGCAUUGCUUGUUUGAGUCUUGGGGAUGUUGCCGCUUCUGCUGUUUCAUCUGCUUCGUCUGCUUCAUCUACCUCAUCUGCCACUGUUGCUGCUACUGCCGCCGCCUCUACUGCUUCUACUUCCACCGCUGCCGCCACCACUGCCUCCGUCGAUGCUUCUUCAAACGUCGCUACUGAGGCCUCUGACGCCUCGUCCAGUGCGUCUACCGAGGUCGCUUCCGUCGUGGCUUCUGUUGCCUCAUCUGCCGCUCCUGCGGCCUCCACUGCUACUCUGGGUGCUUCCUCGGACGCCUCAUCCGAAGUUUCCUCCGCUGUCGCUGCCGUCGCCUCAUCUGAAGCUUCGGACGCUUCUCCCGAGGUUUCUGCAGCAGCCUCCGCUACCAUUUCCGCUGCCCCAGCUGCCUCAGCUGUCUCUGUGGGCACCGAUACAGGCUUAGAGUCGACCGCUUCGUCUGCCAAUCCCUCUGAAGUUGCUCCUGUCUUGCCUGUCGGUACUCCGUCCAGCAUCCCCGUUGGCUUCCCCUCUGGCUUUGCUUCUGGAGCCCCUUCCGCCAUGCCCGUGCCCACCGAUUUCCCUGCGGCUGAUGCAUCCGAUGAACCUGGAUUUGCUGCUUGCACUGGUGCUCCCAAGCAUCACGGUAACCUCGGUCAUUCGUCCCACCAUGGAAACCUUGGGCACCACACUCACCACGGACACCGUGGACACCAUGCUAGCUUGUUGCCUAAGUUUUAG